AUGUUUCAUAAAUAGCCAACUUGCAAAUCUCUUUUGCUUAGUACUCCUUAGAACCCAGUUCUAGAGAAUCUAGAUUAAAAGCAACAUCCACUACUUGGAGGUAAUAUCACUUAUAAUAUCACAUGGCUUUCAAAUCAAAUAAGUAAUGUUACGAAUCAAUUGCUACCAAUAAGUAGUCCAAGAAUCCAUUCUAGUAUUAGAUUGGAUAAACAAAUGUAUCUUCCAAAUGAUGUUGUCUUCAUUGAAGUCUUGUUAUUUAAUUCGCUUAACAAGACACCCGUAGCUAUUUAGCCGCUGAACCCUAAAGAUCCUAGGUAUCAGUACUAUAAUUUGUCGAUUGAAAUAAAAAACUCCUCUGAUUUUAGAGUUUAUAGCAAAUUUGUAUAAGCAAAUACUUCAACUGUGGUGCUAUCAUUCAAAUUGCCUUCAACGUUAGAAGAUGGAUCCUACUUGGUAAUGGCUUAUAAUUCAAAAGUUGCCAUGUCUACUAUGAAUUUUACAGUAUAAAACUUACCAAAAGAUAGAGCCACGAUUUCAACUUAAAUCUUAUAAAAUUCAUAUUAGCCAGGUAGCACUGUCACUGGGCUAGUAACAGUGAAACUUUUAGAUAAAACUCUGCUGAAUUCAAAUAUAUCGCUAUUUUAUGUUGUUUCCUUUUAAAACUCAUCAAGUUUAAAUACCUCGAUUGGGCUUUCAUAAAUUUCCAAGUAAGGUGUGAUAACCUUUACGAUAAUCAACCCAGAGCUAAUGGUCAUAGAUGCCUACCUUUCAACUGGCUAUCUAGCUUUCAAUAUCCAGAAUGUUGUUUAUUUCUAGGCGUGGCAAUCGAGUAAAAGAAGUUAGACAUUUGACUUUUAAAAUGCCGAACUUAAACAACGCUUUAUUAAUAAUACAGAAAUAUCAUUAGGACUAGUUUCAAGUUAAUAAUUUGGAAGAGGUCAGUUUACAUAUGUUCCAGUGUUAAACUAGACUGCUCUCAUUGUUGAGAUAAGCAAUUAGGGGCAACUGAUUAGAAGAAAUCUAUAUUUUAACAACACCUUUAACUAGAAUAACAAUAGAGCUGAGUUAUCUUUUAAAAUAUUGAACAUAAAUAGAGUGCUUAACAAUAAUGAAAACCUCUAAGUAUAGCUAAUGACUAAUGAAAAGGUUAAUAAGAGUGAUGACUAUCUAAUGUAAAUAAAACUUAAAGAGUAAAUACUUUACCAAGAAUAAAUAACACUUAAUCCAUCAGCAAACUAAAAUUUCACUGUCUAAGGAAGAUUGUUUCCAUUGAUCAAUGGUGGAAUAUUAAGCUUAAGUAUCUAAAAGCUAACAGUGGCGUUUAAAAAUUUUUACCGAAACAAAUCAGUAUCUGAAACCGUAUCUAGUAAUGUGACUAUUUCUAAUAUGACAACUUGGUUUGAACCCAAAGGCGAACUUAUUUUCUUUAAGAGACCCAAUGAUAGACUAACAAUCAAUAUCACAACAGAUAAGACUUAGUACAGCCCAGGGGAUUCAGUAUCUUAUUCUAUAAAAGUCCUUAACUCUACAACUGGUAAAGUUAUUACAACUGAUUCAUAUCUAUCCUUAACAGCAGUAGAUAUUUCUGGCUUAUAAACGAAAUCAAAAGAAAUGAUACUCCCAAAAUCCUAUCAAUCUAGAUUAUAUUUUUCUCAAGAAAUACUCAAUUUUGAGAACGAGAAGUUAUUUAGGCAAAGAGAUUUUGAUUAAGCUUUCCUUCCUAACUAAAAUGAAACAAUAUCCUUAGACCUGUUGUUUGGAGUCUAAUAAUGGAGAAUAGGCUUAUUCAAUGUAUAAAAUCUUGCUACCCUCUCAUCAAAACUUAAGAAUCUCUCACCUUAUGAGACUCAAGCUAUCCAGGGCUUAUAUAAUUAUGUCUUCAAAGCUUUUUAUUCUGAGACUAAAGGAUAAUAUGAGCAUUUAUCUAGCACAAGAUCAGGUGAUUAAGGAUAUUUCGUGAAUCCAUUAGACUAUAUGCAAGCAGUAACUAAUCCCAGAUCUUGGUCUCAUCCUCUUAGAGCUAAUUUUACUUCUGCGCUAGGAAUAGAAGAUCUUACACAAACAGUGUUAUUUCAGUCAGUUAUUACAGUCAAGAAUGGAGUUACUUCUGGAAAGUUUUACUUAAAUGAUAAUAUAACAAACUACUUUCUCACUGCAGAUGCUUUCAAUUCAAAUGGUGUUAUUGGUUACAAUUACUUGUAAAUUAAAACCAUUGAAAACUUUCAAAUAAAAAUAAGUGGACCUGAAUUUAUGGCAAUCGGAGAUUCAGUUAAGAUACCAAUUAAUAUUACUAACCUUAACACUGCUGCAAUUUAAGUAUCUGUCUUCUAAGACCUAUCUAAGUCUCAGUUGGAUUUCAAGCUGAGCAGUCUUCCUAUGUAAAGUGUCUUGGCAGGUUAAACUUUAAGAACUUUUAUUACAGCUACAGCUCUAUAAGUGAAUCCAAACUCUACAUUAACUUUAAUAGCAAAUGCAACUCUGGGCAAUAGAAUUCUUAUGACUAAUGAUUCAGUUUAAAUAUCAAUAGAAGAUAAAACAUAUGAUAAGCAAUAUUAAACAAGAGGAUCAAUUAUAGGAUCUAGUGCAAGAUCAAUAGGACCAUCUAACAUAAACCUAUAAAUUAGUCUUACCAAUGACCUCAUUCAGAAUUCUUCGAAAUAUUACAUAAGCAUAUAUCCUACCUUCAUAUCAAUGCUUGAUGACUCAAUCAAAUCUAUUAGUUAACUUAAAACUGGAAACUUUGAGCAAGUUGCUUCAUCUUUUUAUCCAUUAGCUUUGAAGCUUGAUUUUUUAAAAGGCUUAAUAAUAAAAACUAAUAAUCAACAAGUUAUUCAAUUCUAAAUCUAAAAGAAACUGGAGAGUUAAAUAGAAAUUUUACUGACAUAAAAGAUUUAGAUCGGAUAAAACCUAAGAUUCAAUGGAAAUGAUCUCUCUAAUGAAGCAAUAACUGCGUUUGCUCUUUAAUUCUUCAUUGACAUAAGUACUAUCAUAUCAGUUGAUAAGACCAUUAUUAACUAACUAGCAGGGUAUCUUAAUUCUAGAAGAAAUGGAAGAGGUGGAUUCAUCUAGUCAUUUUCAAAUCCUCUAGUUUAAUCUGUACCUGAAAUGACUCUCAACGCUUACAUUGUGAAUGCUUUGAUAUAUCAUAACUCUUCGAUUAACCUUACCACAGAAAUUAAUACCCUUAAAACCUUUGCAGAUAGCCAAUUAAAAGCUAACAAAUCUGAUGCUUACAUUCUUACUUUAAUUGCCUAGUCUUUAUACAGGUUAAAGAGAACUGCAGAAGCAACAAUUUAUGCCGAUGCUCUCACAAGAUUGACCUAAAAGGAUGGAAGAGUAGUCUCAAAUCGAACUAACUCCAUGUCUGUGUUUUUAUCUAGCGGAAAAUAAUUAGAUAUUGAGACCACAGCAUUAGCGACUUAAGUUUGGAAUAAUGACUUGACAAAAUACUCUAUCUAUACUGUAAAUGCAAUUAGCUAUUUAGCCUCUUAAAUUGAUAAAGGAAUCAUUGGUGGGUCAUAAGGAACAUAUACUGGAUUAAAGGCUUUUAAAAAUUACUUUUAGAAUAGUGGUUUACCCACUAUAAAUGGCAAUGGAAGCUUUACUCUUAAACUAAAUGAUUUACUAAUUUAGACAAAGCAAUUUUAAUCAGGGGUGUAAGAGGCAAUAACCUUUAAUAUCUCUGAUUACAUCAUUAAUAAUUCAAGAAUAUUUGCUCCAGGCUCAACUCUGAACUUUAAUGUGGGAAUAGAUGGAUUUAACUUGAGUUCAGGUCAAUCAAAAGAUUUUAGGGCUAUCCUUUCAAUUUCACACAGAUACUUGGCUAAUUAGAGUUAUGUUCCUGCUCAGCCUGCAAAUCUCACUUCAGAUUUCUAGGUUAUUAUGAAAAACUAGAAAAAUCUAGGUUUAGAAAAUUAAACUGGAAAUAUGUUCCCUAUUUAGGUAUAAUUUUAAAACAUUUUUCCAAGAGGAUCAACCUUAAGUGGAGAGAUUAGUUUAAAUCUUGAUGUCCCUUCAUGCUUAGAAUUUGAUAAAAAGACUGUUAAAAAGUUGAUUGAUAAUGGGGAUAUUAACAAUCUUCUAAUAGAUCCUAAUUCUGGUCGACUCAUACUCUUUAUACCUACAAUGGUUCCUGGUUAAGUUAAAAGCUUCUAAUUAAAUUUCAUGUAGAGAUUUUCUGGAUAAUGCUAACAAAGAGAGAGCAUGGUUUAACAAAGUUAUGGUGAUUUUGAGAUGUAUGCAAAAACUUUAUCAGAAUUAUGA